GGCUGAACGAAGCAAGCGUGUCCUCUGACUUAGAUUUUUGAUAAUUUAAAUACAUCGAAAAUGAGCGUUGAAAAGAAGAACAAUGCGGUUGCGCUGAAAUUACGCAAUUUCGGGAACCAAUUGUUUGCAAAAAAAGAAUUUUUCGAAGCACUUCUGAAAUACAAUCAUAGCCUGUGCUUUGCUGAGCAAGGAACCGAAACUGUGGGCAUUGCAUAUGCUAAUCGGAGUGCAGUCUACAUUGAAAUGCAACAGUUUCGUCUGUGCCUGGAAGACAUUCAAUUAGCGAGGCAACACAAUUAUCCCGCUGAUAAACUGGAAAAAUUACAACGGCGGGAAGAGGAUUGCAACGCUGCAAUUGUAAAUUGGAAGCCCAAUCCGUACGACAAUCCAUUUAACUUUUUCAAAUUGUCGCAUGCAUCAAAUAACAAAUAUCCCGGAAUCGUCGAUUGUUUGACUUUGAGCAACAGUAAAAUGUUUGGCAAUCAUCUGAUCACAACAAAGACUCUUAAAACGGGAGACAUCAUUUGUAUUGAAGAGCCAGCUUUCACUGCAGCUAAUGUAGAUGCUCGAUUGUAUCGUUGUUCCUACUGCUUCAAAGAUAGUUCCAUGAAAUUGUUUCCAUGCACUGGGUGCACAAAAGCAAUGUUUUGCUCUGAGAAAUGCCAACAAACAGCAAUGAACGAGUUUCAUCAGUUCGAAUGCAAUGUCCACGGCAAUCCAGCAAUGAAAAUCGACUUCCAUCUCAGACUGUUAAUGAAAUGUCUAAACGUCUUCGAUUACAAUGUUCCAGAAUUUCAAAAGUUCGUGGAGAAAAACCGAAAGCAGGUCACGGUGUUUGAUUUUGACUUCAGUGAACCUGAGGAACCAAUGUUUUCAAAAAAUGCCAUUCUGGUAAUGCUGUCAAUUCAAAACAAUGCACCCUAUUGCAAAUUACUUUCAACCAUCAUGGGAAGCGAAAUCCGAGAUUUCGUCAGCUGUCAUGCAAAGUUAAAACAAUUGUGGAAAAACCAUGGAAAAUUUCUGAAUGAAAUGUUGGCCAAAUUAAUAUUUCCGGUCACGCUGCUUACCCACAUGUCGGCCUUCUUCUCAAAAGAGAUCAACCUUCCAACCGAAACGUGUUUGGGAAGACUUCAAGAAGAAAGGAAACCCAAGCCAGCACGAGAAAAGAUGUUCGAGCAGAAUUCCGGCCAAGGACUGUAUCCAGCUUUCUGCCUGUUGAACGGUUCUUGCGAUCCCAACGUGUUUGUAGUUUCAGCUAGUAACAAACUCGUUUGGAUUGUGGGCAAAUCAAUUCCGGCUGGUUCACAGUUGUUUUGCAAGUACGAUCAACCGUUUUAUAAUUCUGGUCCGGCCAGUCGUCGUCAAAGUUUUUUCAAACAGUCAUUCGGUUAUACUUGCUGUUGCGAAGCAUGCCGCUACGAUUGGCCAAGAUUAUCAGCACUUAAAGCAGUCGAUCCCAGCUUUAAGUAUAACAAUAAUCAGACAUUGUCGAAUCAUGACGAAGCUGUGGAGAACAUCAGGAAGAACAUUGAAUACAUCGAAAAAAAUUACAAACAUAAUCGUCCAACGAAGGAAGUUUACACAUCGAUCGAUAACAACAUGUACGAAUUUUCUUCAUUAGCCAAGCCAGCUUGGUAUUGAAUAACUGUGAGGUCUUUCCAACAUUUGUCUCAAUAAAAUAUUUUCUUCAUUCCCUAAAC